CAGCCAACACGCGACGAUUUUCUUUGCUCGCCUCCUUCACAACUCACCAAGGCCAAGUUUUUAUCUUCUCCUGCUCCUCCCCCGACACCCUGACUCAGCUCGGAGAGAUCAGGCGGCGCGCGGCCAUGGCUGGAGGGGUGAGCAGGGACAAGGAGGCGCUGCGGGCCAUCCUCAUACAGGCCAUGUGCGCCGCGAAGAGCGUCAGGGUCCAGCUUGACCACCUCCUGCAGCUCCGGCGCCGCCUGCAGCAGCGGAUCCACGCCGACGACGACGACGCGGCCGUGGUCCAGGAGGUCGCCGCCGGCCUCUUCAAGGUCUACUACAGGGGCCUCGAGUACGCCUCCCGCUACCUCAGGUCCUUGUUCGACAUUGCGAUGGAGAACGGAAACCACGCCUUCCUCUACCACCUCGACUUCGCCCUGGCCCUCAUCCCGGACGAGCAGCUCUACGGCGUGCUGCUCGCGCAGCGCCUCCCCUCGCGCCCGACCACCCAGGCCCAGGCCUUCGCCCGCGUCGAGGCCGCCCUCCACGCCGUCAAGCUGCCCGAGGAGCACCACCUCCCGCGCUGCAUCGAGCUCCUCCUCGGCGUCCGCCCGCCCAGCGUCACCGGCGGUCCCUUGCUGUUCCGCGGCGUGCCCGGCUACCCAGACGACCCGCUCGCCGCCGCCCACGAACACCUCGCCAACAACGGCUUCCCCAACCCGGCUACAGCGCCCGCCGCCCCACCUCAGGCGGCCGCGCCCAGCAGCGUGGAUCUGGACCACGCGCUCACCUACCUCCACCGCGCCUGCUCCCUCGUCUACCUCGCCAGCAAGCACAUCGACCUCGCCGUCGCCGCCUUCUCCACUUCCUUCGACCCCGAGGAGCUCGCCGACAACGCCGAAACGGCCGAAAAAUUCUGCUUUAUCCCUGAGGAGUGAAAGUGACCCUAUCCAUCGGAUUCAGGCUGAUCGAGGCUGCCAAACGAUGGGUGGAGGUGGGAUGUCUUGCAUUGUUGAUCCAGAGCUCGCAUCAGUCAUCAGUCGUUUAAUCUAUCUAUUCUCUCUAGUUCAUUCGACCAGCCUUCUUGUAGUUUCAGUUCAGUCAGGACUCAGGCUAACCCUCUGCUAAAUUUCUGGACGGCCGUGGCUAUCUUAGCUUUCAUGAAGAGUAAUAAUAGUGUCAUGUCUUAAUACCUGCAUGAACCGAUCGAACUGCGGCAGUCAGGAUGUGAAAGUUGGUAUUUUUCACAUGCUAUUUUAUUAA